AUUCGAAAUCAUAUGUUUGGCAUCUCAAAGUCGGAGUUACAAUCGUAUCAUUUGGCAUAGCUAGCCAGUCCUAAACGGUCUUUUCAGCGACGUUUCAAAUCUCUAAAUUUAAUAAACGCGCGAUUGUAGAGCAAUAGUUCAGUCGAUCCUUCAUUACUACCUCGUAAGAGCGCUUUCAGUACCUUCUUUGUUCUCUUCCAAAAUGCCUUCGGAAGGAGCCAGUCCUAAAAGUGGGUCCUCAGCAGAAUCAUCUGGUGGCAGCAGACAGGCACUGCACAUGGUCAAAAACGAGUCUUUGCCAGCGCCUCACUCUCAAACGAUGACCAGCCCCCCGUCCAUGAGACGACAUGUUUCAGAUCAUCACGAGGGACGAGCGCAGUCGAGAGAGGAGAGGAGGAAACGAUACUUGUGUGGGGAUAAAUUUGUAACAGAAAAACAACUGACAAGGUGGAGUAGACAAAACACGACAGAAGAGUCUAGGAAUGGCAUAAAUGAGCGGCUGUGUCUGUAUAAAGGAGACAUAACUCAUUUGGAAAUCGACGCAAUUGUUAAUGCAGCAAACGAGUGCCUGAUGGGCGGCGGAGGUGUGGAUGGGUCCAUUCAUCGGGCAGCUGGAAACAAGUUGAAGGAGGAAUGCAGACGCGUUGCCCCCUGCCCCACCGGCCAUGCCAAGGUCACGAGUGGGUGUCUGCUGCCGGCAGACUACAUCAUACACACAGUAGGACCAAUCGGACACCAUCCAGAGUUGCUGAGAAGCUGCUACAAAUCCUGUUUUGAGAGAAUGCUCGAGAAAAGUUUGAAAAGUGUGGCCUUCUGUUGUAUUUCGACGGGAAUUUACGGGUUUCCCAAUGAGGACGCAGCUCAUAUUGCACUAGAAGUCACGAAAUACUAUUUGGAAAAUUACCCUGAUGAGAUAAAGCUGGUAAUUUUUUGUUGCUUCCUGCAAAAAGACAUCGAAAUCUACGAGCGAUUAAUGAGAACAACUUAUUUUCCAUUAGCUGAUGCAACCCCAGAAAGAAGACCUUUGCCGAAGAGGUCGGCGAGUCACGAACCUGGAAAGUGUGGAAGUGAAUCGAAGGAGAAAAAAGCGCCAUGUGAAGUAGGUUCGAGAAAGCAAAAGGAUGCAGUAGCGAACAAUAGUUGGAAAGCGAAAAAUAAUGGGAAAAAGGAGGCUGAAAAUGGAAAUGAGGCUGAAGAAGUUAAACCCUCUGAGAAGGAAAGCGGGGGUGAAAAAAGCAAAACAGACAGCAAAGGAGGAGAUAAAAAGGAAUGGAAUAAUGGAAAACAAGUUGAAAAAGCGAAGAGCAGUCCGAGUUCGAAAGCCAAAAAGCAACCAAUCAAGAAAGCUGAUGUAACGAGAAAGAGUGAAAGAGACGAUGAGGGAGGAAAAAAAGAAAUGGAAGUGAAAACGAAAGAGGACAUCAUAGGAGGAGACAAAGAGAAGGAGAGCAGUGAAGCCCCUACUGAGUCAGAGCCCCCCCGCACUAGUUCCAAAUACGGAGGAGGAGGAGGAAACAGUUGGGAAGAAAAAGGGGAAGAGAGAACGAGAACCAGCUCUGAAACAGUUGAAGACGUUGAGGUGAAAGAAAGGGAGCCAGAAACGAAGAUGGAAAUCGAGGUAAAAGAUGGAGAAAGUCUUGCGGAAGUUAAAAUGAACUCAAAUGAAGGAACUGAUGAAAAUAGCAAGUGAUUUUUAUGAAACUGUUUAUGAAAUGAACUUGAGCUUUGCAUUCAAUUUUAUAGCUCGGUUGUAUCGUCAAUGCCUUGCUGUCAGUUGAUGCGACCAAGCGAUAAAUUGCAUUUUUGCAUCUCUUGUUCGCUAUAACCGCCUGUAAAUAAUAUUCGGAUUUCAAUUUACCCACAAGCUUUUGAUUGA